AUGUCACAGCAAGUAGGUGGCACCACACGCAAGAUCAGUGACUCCUCUUGCUCCGAGGCUUACGCCAACUCCCUCAAGUGCCUGGACAAGAACAAGUACGACAAGGCCAAGUGCAAGGACGCCUUUGACGCCUACAAGAAGUGCAAGAAGGACCAGGCAAGCUGUCUGUAG